UACUUCUUGAAGAAAACUUCACAGACAUAUUACCAAAUGAUGAACGCUUUCGAAAAGUUCGUGUCGUAGUGUGCAACGCUUCCUGUUCUAAAUCUGGUGUUACCAGCGCAAUAGAUCACGUAUUACAAGAGGGCACGGCCUGUGUACACGACUUGGUGAACGGUGUUGAAUCUAAUAAAUUACGUGGUUUACUACUUCACCAUCAGGAGAUUAUUAGGCACGCCAUGAAAUUCUUCUUUGUACAUUACAUUGUUUAUGUCACGAGCUCUGUUUACAAGUCAGAGAAUGAGGAUGUUAUUAAGAAAGUUAUUGAUGACAAUCACGUAGAAAAUGUUAGCAAGAGCCAUUCUAAUCCGUUUCUGGUCUCAUCAUUUCUACCUGAUUUAACUGAGAAGUUAAGAACGUUCAAAGCGAACCCACCCGAAGAAAAGGAUCCUUCGUCAAAUACAA